AUGGCCACUCAACCCGAUAUUAUCGCUCUGUUAUUCAUCUUCUCCUUCUUGUCCACGGCUCUCCUUAUUGCGGUUGGCCUAUUCCUAGUGAGGCGAAUGGCGAGGCGAUCGUGCGAAGCCAAGACGCGGGCUGAUACAGUCACCAAUACUGACGCGACAGUCGCAGCAUCAGCGAUCUAA